AUGACAGCCUCGUUUCCUCGUUUCAUGGACUUCCCCCUGGGAGAUCGAGCUCGGAUAUGGGAGCACACCGUUGAGCCCCCCACGGUCGAAGCCCGUAUAACAUUACACGACAAGCCCGUCUCCGACGCAGUGAUAGCCAAGCACAACAUAGAGCUAUGGGAUGCAAACCACUUCAAGGAAUAUCCUUUUGCGGCCAUCAAGCGGCUGCGCUCAUUUACCCGGGUGCCUGCGACCCUGCACGUCUGUCGAGAAGCGCGUAACCACCUUACCUGUACGGAAAAAAAACAUGGUGGGGGCGAGUUGGGGUCAUACUGCCACCGCUACCGCUACCGCUACCGCUACCGGAAGGCCUUCCAAGGCGUGGAGGACACCAGGGAUUUCAAUCUGGGCAUGUCAUCGAUAAUGGAGCAGCUACUGCCGCCCGACGACUUCUGGCUGGAAUUAUUAGGCGUGGUGGACCUGGAGCCGCGCUACGUGUGGUUCAACUUUGAGAUGGACAUGCUUUCCAUCGGCCAAACUUUCGUUAACUACCUCCAGUAUACGCUGGAUUAUAAUUACAUCAAGCGGCUCAAGUUUGAGCGCGAAAUCCAUGAAGAGUUUGUUGACGGUGAUAUCGUCGACCUUGGACAUAUGGAUAACCUCCAAGAGGUGCACGUCGUCUGCACGGACGGCCUCGAAAACUGGGCGUUGGUGGAGGACGACGUCGGUGGUGGCCGGAAAAAGAUUUUGGUGAUCGAUGGGAGGACCAGCGAAACGGCGACACCCGCCGAUUUCGCGGCCAGGUGGGAUCUGGAUAAGCUACGGGCGGCGCUGCUCAGGACGUACGGAGCACACAUCCAACCUGGCACUCAUGAACCUUUUGUACCGCGGCUCCCGCCAGGGUGGCUUGAGGGAGAGCAAUUUGGCGGUGAAUACUGGUACGACAAUGGCGAGCAAGACUGGAAUGACGAGAAUAUUGACAAUUGGCUCAAUGUGCAACGGAGAGGUUUAAUGAACAGUGGGCAGUGGGCGGUGAUUCUGAAGAGCGCUGAAAUUUCGAGGCUUUCAGGUUAG